AUGCUAGGCAAUCUGGAUGUGGAGCGGGGACACAAGCUGGAGUGCAGCCACGUGGGUUCCACCCUGGUGUGGCAGACCUCGCUGCGCGUGGCACACCCGGCCGACCUGCUGUACAAGUAUGCGGUGGUGGAUGCGAGGCUCAACGUGGUCAAAUGGGAGUCGGGGUCGCACACACUGCACCUCCCGGCUGACCUCGUCAACGACGCCAUCGUCACCGUGACAGAUGUCUGGGAGGACGACUCGCACCCAGCCCACCUGUUUGCUCGCUCUGCCUUUCGAAAGGCAAUCCUCGGCGACCACCAGACCCCGAGGCUGGCAGCGGAGGGCCCUCGCCCCUCAAUCUGCGAAGGGCAUGCUCUUGUCAAGUUCCAAGUCAGGGACUGGCAGCUGAAAGAGGGCCAGCAGGUUUGCGUCACAGGAGGAGCCCCUGGCCUGGGAUCCUGGCAGCUUCCCCAGAGCCUCAGCUUGCGCUUGACCGCGCCCUCCUGCUGGGAGGUAGAGGUGAGCAUACCGCACACGUCAUUUCCCCUGACCUACAAGUAUGUGAUUCGCGGCGCAGAUGGAACCCUCCUCCUCGAAGCUGGGGAGAACAGGAUGAUGCCAGCCCCAAAGGAGGGACCCCUGCCCCUCCUCGUGGUACGGAAUGAUUCCUUCUUCCGCCACGAGCGGCGGUGGAGGGGCGCUGGUGUUGCUGUCCCCGUCUUCUCCCUUCGCACCGAGGCGUCAGUGGGGUGCGGUGACUUUGCGGACCUGUGCCCCCUCCUCGACUUCUGCAGGAACACAGGGCUGUCGGUGGUGCAGCUGCUCCCCGUGAAUGACACCUCGGUCAAGGGAGACUGGCGGGACUCGUAUCCAUACUCCUCCCUCUGCGUUUUUGCGCUGCACCCACUCUACCUCUGCCUGGACCGGCUGCCCGGGGCGCAUGCGUCUGCCAUCCAGGAGGAGGUUGCUGAGGCUCGCAGGAGGCUCAACCUCCCAGACAUGGACUACGAGCAGACGCUCGCUGCCAAGCUGGCCAUUGCGCGCAAGCUUUUUGACGCCGCAUUUCCUCAGCUCCUGAGUGACCCCGCCUUCCUGGAGUUCUGCGCCCACCACGAGGAGUGGCUGAAGCCAUACUCCAUGUUCUGCUACUUCCAGUCCUUCUUCGGCACGGCAGACCACACCCAGUGGGGCAGGUACAGCGCCUACGACCCACGGGCGACGGCCAAGUUCUGGCGGCCAGACUCCGAGUCUGCGCGCGACAUGUGGUUUUGCUCGUACCUGCAGUACCACCUGCACUGCCAGCUCAGCGCUGCCAGCGCCUAUGCACGCGAGCGGCAUGUCGUCCUAAAGGGUGACCUCCCCAUAGGAGUUGACAAGUGUAGUGUGGACACCUGGCUCUACCCCAACCUGUUCCACAUGGGCACGGGCACAGGGUCACCUCCCGACUGGUUCAACCAGGACGGUCAGAACUGGGGGUUCCCCACCUACAACUGGGAGGAGAUGGCCAAGGACGACUACUCCUGGUGGAGGCGACGUCUCGCCCAGAUGGCACGCUACUUUCAGGCAUGUAGGCGGGACCUGGGUGGAAGGAAGGAGGAAUGCUCUCUUAGAGUUUUCCGCGUGGACCACAUCAUCGGCUUCUUCCGCAUCUGGGAGAUCCCCGGUGACUGCUGGAGUGGCAUGAUGGGGCACUUCAGGCCCUGCAUCCCCAUUGCCAGAGCUGAGCUAGAAGCCAAGGGCAUCUGGGACUUCCACAGGCACGUCGGACACAAGGAGGUGGAGCUGGAGGAGCCGUAUGUCACCCUGGCCCUGCUCACAGCCGAGCUCGGCGACGUGCUGGCCGCGGAGGCUGCCAGCGCUUUCUUCGAGCCUUCCUACGGCGAUCGGCUCCGCUUCCGGGAGGAGUAUGCCAGUGAGGUGGUGCUGCGGACGCUCACAGUGCCGGAGGGCAUGUCCGGCCUGGCCGUGAGCGCCUGGCCCAGGAUCCACGAGACCCUGCUGCUGAUGCGGCGGAAUGUGCUGCUUCUGAGGGACCCCGAGGAUCCACAGAAGCUCUACCCGCGCUUUGACUUGACCAAGACCACCAGCUUUGCUGCCCUGGACAAUGUGGCCUGGGCCGAGGAGCUGGCCUGGCAGCAUGAUGACUACUUCUACCGGCGCCAGGAGGAGCUGUGGAGGGCACAGGGUCACAGGACGCUGCCCGCCCUCCUUUCAUCCUCCGACAUGCUGAUGUGUGGCGAGGACCUGGGGUUCACGCCGGCGUGUGUCCGACCCAUCAUGGAGGAGCUGGGGAUCCUGGCGCUGCGCAUCCAGCGCAUGCCCUCCAGCCAGGAGGAGUUUGGUGACCCCGCUGACUACCCCUACAUGUGCGUGGCCUCGCCAUCCAGCCACGACACCACCACCACACGCGCGUGGUACGAGGAGGACGCCCCGAGGCGGCAGCGGUACUACGCCCAGGUGCUGGGAGGGGAGGGACCCGCCCCAGCGUCCUGCACCCCAGAGAUCAUGCGGGCCAUCGCGCAACAACACGUGGACUCGCCAGCCGUGCUGGCCAUCUUCCCCAUUCAGGAUAUCAUAGCCCUCGAGACCUGGGACAGGGUCCGCCCUGCCAGUGAGGAGACCAUCAAUGCGCCCAGCAAUCCAGAGCACUACUGGCGGUACCGCAUGCACCUCACUCUGCGGGAGUUGGACUGUCCGAGGCUGCAGGCCACGGUCCAAGGCCUGCUCCUGAGCUCCGGCAGGUGUCUGGCCGGCGACCUGCCAAGGCUCAUGGUCGAAGAAUGA